UUGCACACACAAAGUGGAGGUUGGUGGAUGCAGGGAGAACUAACAUACUUCAGUGUUUAAUCGACUAGAGAUGUCUGAGCUAGUUUCUGAUUAUGUGAAAUAUGCUGAGAAGACAGGACAGCACAUAGAGAGGGCAGUGGAAAUCUGUGAGAGCGCAGAUGCUGUUAAAGAAGAGACAAAGGCCAUCAACAGAAAGAAAAGCAUACAGACUGGACACACAGCAGGAGGCCCUGCAGGGGGCAGAUGUUACAAACUGACUGCAGUGUGUGUGCUGCUGCUGCUCUAUGUUCCCCUGCUGUCUGCUGUCACAGUGCUGUGGAUCAAAUACAACAAUCUGAAUAGAGAAAAAGACCAGUUACAGACCAGUAACAACAACCUGAAUAUAGAAAGAGACCAGUUACAGACCAGUUUGAACAAACUGAAGAACGAGAAAAACCAGUUACAGUUUCAGAAAGACCAACUACUGUGGCAUAGAGACCAGUUACAGUUGCAAAGGGACCAGUUAGUGUCUCAAAGAGACCAGUUACAGAAUGAGACAUCAAGACUGCAGAACGUGCUUCUGAAACUUGGUUGGAGAUUUUUCAGCGAGAAUAUUUACUACAUUAAUACUGCAAAGAGGACCUGGAAUGACAGCAAACAGGACUGCAUAACGAGAGGCGCUAAUCUGGUGACCAUAAACAGCAGAGAGGAACAGGAGUUCAUCAGUACACAUUUCAAUGGUACUGAAGCUUGGAUUGGUCUGACUGACAGAGUCACAGAGGGGGAAUUUAAAUGGGUGGAUGAUUCACCACUGACCACUGCGUUCUGGUGGAAUGGAGAACCAAAUGAUUAUGAACAAAAUGAAGACUGUGCUAUAACAAACUAUAGACAUGCCAAAUAUAACAUCUCGACCUGGGCUGAUUAUCCCUGUCUCUAUGCUGUAGCUGGGAUUUGUGAGAUGAAAAUAUUUAACUGAGCACCUGGGAGUCAUUCUCUGAAACUGAAAAAAAAAGCUUGAAGCUUGAAUGAUUCUGUAUAACAGCUUUACAACUUCUGUAAAUUUAAAAAUGAGGAUUAAACUUAAUUCUUUAUUUAAAUACAUCCUGGUUUUGAAUUUCCAAAGAGCUGGAAUGACAAGCCAUGCUCUGAAGAAGAGUGAGUCUAUGAAAAGAAAAGUACUUUUAUUUUAGAAAACUUGAAU